AAUGCUUAAUACAUUUUGUUAUUACAACUUAUAAUUUUGUGUACAACGAAAUAUAAAAUUAUUGAUGUUUGCAUAUAGAAUAACGUGGCCGUGGAAAACAAGUGAAAACUGCGAAAAUAAUAAAGAUCAUAAAAUCGUUUCUUAUUAUAUUCAUUUGCCAAUAAUGGUAGUUGAUGUUCGCGGAAUGUACGAGACCGUUUUUUUCCGUACUUACUUAGUCUCCGGAUUACACCUCGAAAGGGAUUAAUCUCGCGAUUUAAACUGGAAGAGUAAAUUGAUUUGCUUGUGAACAGUUGCAAGAUUUGACAACGAAGAAUCAUGGGGGAUAUACCGAGAGUGGAGUUCGCACUUGGAAGUGAAGUGUCACUAGAACACUUCUUCAAAAGUAGCUUCGCGCGUUCUUUCGUGACCAAUUACCGUGACUCGAAAUCACUGGAUUACGAAUUUCUCGACAACAUCAUCGCCGAGGAAGUAGAGACGAACGGUAGUAAUAACAACAAUUUCUUCUCCCUCGUGAACUUUGAAAGCAAAAUAACGAACACCGUAGACAAUAAUAUUUUUAACAAGGACAAUGCAAACCUUUGGAAAACGAACGAGUUUGUUCAAUCCUCUGCUGACAUUAAUGAGUUGGAGAAGCUGAGAAAACAAUGCCAGUCGUUGAUCGAAGAAAAUCGAAGACUACAGAACGCCUUAACGACCAAUCAAAUACCUUAUGUACAAGUUAUAGACAGCGUUUUCCUCCAGACGCAGGUUGAAACAUUGCAAUGGCAACUAAAACAGAUAGAAGCAAACCGACAAAUGUACCGUUCACUGAUGGAGCAGGUGGUACGUUUCCUGGACCGAGCCCGCAAGAGCUUGGAUAUUCUUCACGAGAAGAGUAAUCUUAAGGACAAGAAUUCAAUGGGGCGAGUUCCACGUAGCCGUAGCGUUCACACUGUUCAUGCGGAUUCUUCGCCGAAUCGUGCUCUUUCAGCAUCCUCGUCUUCGAGUUCUUCUCGCUUUGCGAGGGCGAAAUCGGUCACACAGAUCUCACCAUGUACCACGAGUUAUCGCGAAUUCACCUGGUCGAUGCUUCGUAGAAACGAUCCAGCACACUGUACUCCUCCGCGUAAUAAAUCUCAGGAGCUCAAUAAAACUCACGACGGUGUUGUUUAUAGAAGGCCCAAACAGUCAGAGCUGGAUCCGAACGACAUACCGCCUGAGAAAUUAUCACAAGAAGCAUUUAGGUUAAUGAGAACUGUUCAGUCGUUGCUCGCAAUGAGAGAGCCUGAUCUGGUCAGAGUCUCGUCGAUAGAGAAUAAUGAUUCGUCUCCUUCGCCCAUAGAUCAUCAUCGUCAUAAUAACCACGCCAACGGAAUAGCACUCAAUCUGCAGAAUAAUAGCUUUGUAAAUUCUACGAGCAUACAAGAAACUGUUGGGUUCUGUCGCUCCAGCUGCGAUCGUGGAAACGAGUCGAGUAGUACCGAUAACGAUAGUAGAACUUGUUUCUUAAAAUCGCCAUCGAACGUCGUGGAAGUCGAUCGAAAUUUGCAGAACCUUCUUCCCGGUGUAAGAAGAUCCCUCGACGCCACAUCGCUCAACUCAGGAAGCAGCAAAACCACCGAAGAGGAAGAUACACUUUCAAAUAAUAAUUGCUUUAAUGUUUCCAUGCCAGAUCAUGAUGGCAUUUUCACAUGUACACCAACAUCUACGCCAAAUAAACGUGUUAGGAAAGUAGAAAAAAAGGAGAAGGAGAAAUCUUCGAAAUCAAAACCAGCUGCUAGUGUAAGCAGUGUUGAGGAUGAGAGUGGAUUUUCUUCUAUGAGUUCUUUUCAAGAAAUUGGUUUACCUAAUGGUCUGCCAAUCUCGCCCAUAAGAGGUUGCCACACGGAGGUGGGUUUGCCCGAGGUACCUUUGGAAAAAGCCAGACAUCGUAGAUGGUCUUCUACUCCAGCUGAAAUUCAAGCUCUUUUUAAUAAACAGCGUAACAGCUUCGCCACCUCCCAAACUACUACCGAGUCUUUGAGCGUCUGGGUUUGAAUGAUUUUACGAGCGAUAUACAUAAACUACUUUCUAAAUGAGAUAGCUCUGGUGAAUGUACUUGAUACAUUCAAAUAUGAACAGAUGACCGAACAUUGA